UGGCCCUCAUAAGAGGAAGGAGAGAGAGAGAGAGAGAGAGAGAAGGAUGCGGGUUCCGAGCUCUACCGAGUUGUUCCGCAGAGACUUAAUGGAGCAGCCGGUACUAUUUGAAGAGUACUCAGGAGCGAGAAAGGUGAUCUUGAACCGGCCUUCCAAGUUAAACACCCUCACUCUCGAAAUGGUUUCUCAGAUGUCUAACAAGUUGCAAAUCUACGAGGGCGAUCAUACCGUCAACCUUGUUAUCUUGAAGGGGAACGGAAAAGCAUUUUGCGCAGGCGGUGAUGUUAUUGGAAAUAUGUGCUCCAUCUUAACAGGACAUUGGAGCUACGGAGCAAGCUUUUACAAGAAAGAGCUCACGUUGGAUCACUUGAUUGCUACCUAUAAAAAGCCUUUGAUAUGCCUCAUCGAUGGAGUCGUAAUGGGUGGUGGCGCUGGAAUCUCCAUGCAUGGGAGCUUUAGAGUUGUGACAGAGAAGACGGUAUUGGCAAUGCCUGAAGCCUCAAUUGGACUUUUCCCGGAUGUGGGUGCUUCUUAUUUCCUGUCCAAGCUUCCCGGUUACUUUGGUGAAUAUUUAGGGCUAACAGGAGCACGAAUAGAUGGAGCAACAAUGCUUGCAUGUGGUCUUGCAACUCAUUUUGUCUUUUCAAAGGAUCUUCCUCCGUUAGAACAAGCUCUCUCUUCAGUGGAGUCCUCAAAUGCAUCAGAAAUUUUAUCUGUCAUCAGCAAAUAUACGCACAAAUCCAAUGUGAAAGAGGAAGAAUUCCACAAAAGAUUGAAGAGUAUAAACAAGUGUUUCUCAAGACAAACUGUGGAGGACAUAUUACAUUCUCUUGAAGAGAAGUUGUUAGACAACUUUACAGAGAAAUGGAUCGCGGAUGCAGUGAAAAAUAUGAAGUCUGCUAGUCCAACUAGCCUAAAGAUAUUUCUGAGAUCGAUAAGAGAAGGACGUGGUCAGACGAUUGAACAAUGUCUAGCUCGAGAGUACACCAUCUUUUGCAACAUCGUGCGAAGGAAGAUCACCAAUGACUUCUAUGAGGGUUCAAGGGCAAUUUUAUUCGAUAAAGUCAAUAAACCCAAGCUGAGCUGGGCGAACCAGCUGCUGGUCAUUAGCAUUGGCUGGGCAUGGGGCUGCUCUACUGCUGGAGUUGGAAUGCUGAACAGUGGCUUGCGGGUUGAGCGGCACGAGGAGCUGGUCGCGGUUGCUAGCCUUGCUGCCCUUAUUGGACUGGCUGCUGGAAUUGCUGGCUUGCGGCAACAAAACAAAAGGAAAGGGCCUGGUGAAGGAGAGGGACGUGAGGUGAGAGUUUGCUGGGUUGAAGUGUUGCUGGUGUGA